ACCCCCCGUUUUGUCCUCAUAAACCCCCCCCCCCUCUCUCUCUCUCUCUCCAAACUCUGUGUUGAUAAAAAUCCAAGGGCGUCCGCCGUCCACCACCUGCUCCGCCCACCGUGGCUUUUCAGUAUAAAUUAAUGAUCGCGGAGCAGGAAUAACUCCAUAUACCUUUUACAAGAACUGAGGUAUGUUUGGUAUUGGCUUUGACAAUCUGAUAUAUCUCAUUGAUGGAUCUUAAAUAUAAAGGUAUAGGCUGGGUAGGGGGCAUUUACCAGAAGUUUGAAACACUGUGCCAUGAGGUGGAUAAUAUUGUGAACCAGGACACAGUCAAAUAUGUUGAAAACCAGGCUCAAAGUGUGGGUAAAAGCAUGAAGAGAUUUUAUUCUGAUGUCAUUCAUGAUAUAUUGCCUCCUUUAAAACAUGAAGGUCAAGGGGUGGCUUUAAAAGAAAGUGCUACAAUUGAUACAUACGUGAAAUCAAAGGCCGCUAUUGAGGAAGAUCACAUCGACACUGUUGGUAGGCUAUCAAAUGUUGAGCCUGUUGCAGAUGUUCCCUUUGAAAAACAGCUUGAUCAUGCUUCUAAAGAACUUCUUUCAGUUCAACUUAGUACUCCAACUUCUGUUGAUGCCUUUGAGGGGGCAGAGUCUGACAUAAUGUCAGUACAAGUUACUGAUGUUUUGGAAAAUACAAGCUCUGACGUAAGCAUAGAAGAAAAUGCCAUAACAGAAAAGAUAUCUGCAUCUGAGGUGCUAGAGUUGAUCUCUCCUAGUGAGGAAGAAUCCUUUGGAGCUUCAUUGGCUAGUGAGUUCAUUGACAGUAAUAAUAAAAAUUCAUUUGGGUUUGUGGAUGAAGUUUCUUUGACGAUGUCUGUUCAUGAUAUGGAGUUUCAAUCGCAUCAAAAAGAGGGAACUGUUAGCAAUAACAUUGCUGUUGAUGUGGUAAAAAAACAGUAUGAUUGUGCUUUCAGAGAGCUUUGCCUUGUAGACCAACUGGGAAACCCAAAUUCUGUGCAUUCCCUUUUGGGGACAGAAUAUGUACCUUCAAAACAAGUUGCUGAUGCUUUGAAAGAUGCAAAACCUGCAGUGAACAUAGAGGAAAAUGUCAUGAUGGAAAAGCCUUUGGCAUCUGAAAUGCCAGAAUUGAUCUCUCCUGCUGAGAAAGAAUCCAUUGGAGCUAUAUUGUUGAGUGAGGACAUUGAUUGUAAUGAUAAAGAACCUUGUUGGGUUGAAUCUAAGGUUUCUUCUGCAACUUCAGUUCAUGAUGUGACAAAGCCAUCUGGAUCUGAUGUUUUGAGUGGUAUUACUUCUCCUGCAACUUUAGUUCAUGGUGACCAAAAUGUGAGAACAGUUAAGAAUGACUUUUCAGAUUAUUCUGGGUGUGUAUCAGAUGCUUCAGGUGGUAUUACUUCUUCCAAAAUGACUUCUCCAGUCAUACUUUGUGAGGAAAAUAUGGCAAAGGUUGAAGUUGAUUCUUCUAGCGGUUCAGUAUUUAAGAAAUAUUAUUUGCCUGAGAAUUCACCUGAAAAGUCACCCGCAAAAGCAUUACUUUAUCAUGAUUCAUCUCCUGUGUUGAGCGCACUUCUAUCCAAUGAGAAGAAAUUGAAGGGGCCAGUACCCAUUUCGUCUAGCAAUGCCCUGUCCUCAGAAUCACUUGAAAAUGAAGCCUCCAAAAUUGUUAAUGGUAUCGAGUCUCUGACUGGAAUAUCAGCACCUAUAGAUGAUUCCACUGAUGAUAUCAGUAUUUCUUCCAUGGAGACCAUUGCAUUGUGUGAUGAGGUCAAGCUUGAGGAUAGCUGUGUCAUUGUUGAUACUACUGCACUUUAUGCUGUCUCUCGAAUAAUGAAAAAACACAGAUCAUACAAGAAAAGGAUCCAGGAUGCCUUGACAUCAAAAAAGAGGCUGGCAAAGGAGUAUAAGCAGCUAGCAAUUUGGUUUGGAGAUGCAGACAUGGAGUCAAACAACGAUAAUUUACAAACUCUACGGCCGUCUUCCUCCAGCACAACCUUGGAAUGCAAAAAUCUGCAAACAGAACUUAUAUGUGAUUCUGAGUGGGAACUCCUCUGAGUAAAUAAAGAAAUUAUGUUGCUGGCUUCAACCUGAUUCAUCCUGCCAUAAGAAUGAGUUACACUGUGAAUAAUCAUGCAAAUUUCCACCUUCUGUAAAUCUAAUAGUCUGUCAUAAGUGGCAUAACAUUUCAACUUUCAACUAUAUAUAUCUACUGCUAUAUAUUUUUCUUACACAUAUUCAGUGGGACAGGAGCCAUCUCUCCUGUAUUCUGACAAUUGGAUGAUGUUAAAAAAAUGUGACAUUGAUUUUGAGGUCUUGUAAUAUAUCAUGAAUUAUCUCCAUGAUAGCUAGUUUAGAAUUGGAUUCUGUGUCCCAGUAUGAACCUUGGAUCGGGUAAGGCUCGUUGCAGCAGUUUUUAUUGCUGCCUGGCUUCCAUUCCCAACUCCUGCAAAAGAAAAUUUUACAAUUAAGUUUUUUUUCCUUGCUUCAAUGAAGAUUAAUGUUCUCCUAAUCAAGACUGGAACUGUAAGUGGCAUAGAAACAGGGAAGAAAUUAACUGGAAGUGAGUUAAACAAAAAUGGAAAACAAAGACUUGCUAGAUAACAAGUGAAAGACCAUUUGCGGAUGAGGAUUAACGUUGGAUUCUAGCCAAUUUGCUCAAAUUUCCAAUGCAAUUCUGCAAGCUGUGGUGACAUUAUAUUCCUAAACAUUGUCCACAAAUUUAUAGCGGAAAGCAAUAAUCAGAAAAUGAAACUAUUAAGUUCUGUCAGAUUCCAAAAUUUCUCCUCAAUUUCAGAAGUUUUGCAGCCGGAAAAAAAAAAAAAGAGUUCGAAAAUCAAAUACAAAUUUUCUUGCCCUGUGUUUUAACUGAGUUUAGGAUAUUAUGCUACAACUAUGGUGAAGUCUUUAGUUCCUUCUACGCUAUACUAGAAAUUCCAUGACAGCUUAUUAAAAGAAAUCUAAGACAAUGGCAUUAUUACAGUCUAGUUUAAUAUAAACAGAGUCGAAGUGAAACUCUACUGAAAUGACAGAGAGAAAAGAACAGACACUGGCCUGUAGUUAUUGCCAUGUUUGGAUAUAUAGUCCAAGGUUCACCAGACGUUUUAGUAGACUAUGAUUUGUUGCAUAAUCUGAAUUAGAUUCCACAAUGAAAGGAGCCCAAUAGUACUCAAUUGAUGAAUUGUACUCCUGAAUUCAAAUCCAGGAUAAGGAAAUCAGGAAUCACUUUCGUCUCUCUCAUUCUCCAAACUAAUCACUUUCAUCUCUUCUUGUCGCGGCAAUAAAAGCUUCACCGAUCCAACGACGACUUUGCCUCUUUCUUCUCUUUCUUAUCUUCCCUCUCUUUCCUUGUUUCUUAAACCUCAACGAACUCUCUCACUAUAUAUCUCAGUGCUCCAAACAAAACAUACGACCCGCAGCUACCGCUGCUGCUGCCGUUGGAGUCUUCGACGGCUGCGCCCACAAGCUAAGGAGAAAGCUUUGAGCCUGAGCCUGCACCUGCACCCACCUGCACCUGCACCUGCACCUGCGCUGCUCCCACUUCCAGCGCCUGCGCCGGACCCAGCAUCCUAGCUCGGAGUUUAGUUUCUCAAGGUCUUUUAAAAAUGUCAACAAGUGGAAAUGUUGAGAUUGUUCGUACGAAUGAUAAGAUUGCAACAGGGUCACUGACGAAUAGAACCGACAUUCAAGUUCAAGUUCAAGUUGGGGAAACACAGUUAUACAUGCUCCUAGUAUGCCCUGUAAUCCUCCCCCAUUACCAAAUUCAAGUAAGAAAGAACUCGCAAAUUAACUUCAGAGGUUUGAGAGCACUUUGAAAAGAAAACUGUAAAUGUAGAGGAUGUGGCAAUUUGCAAUUAUUGUAAAACUACUACCUUGAAGGAUGCUUUGAAAAGCAAGUAGUGUGGACAAGAAAAAUGAUGGAAAGAUUCGUUUUGGAAAUUUCACAUUUGAUCAAGAUGUUUCAAGAAAUGAGUUGGCUCGUGCUAUAAUCUUGCAUGAAUAUCCUAUUUCUGUUGUAGAUCAUGUUGGUUUUAGAAGAUUUGUCACUAGUCUCCAACCUCUUUUUAAUAUAGUUUCUCGCAAUAUAAUUGAAGAGGACAUUCUUUAGAUUCAUAAUUCAGAAAAGACAAAGCUAAUGAGCGUGUUUGAGAAGCUAAGAAGUCGAAUAGCAAUCACAACGGAAAUGUGGACUUCAAACCAAAAGAAAGGUUACAUGUCCAUGACUGCUCAUUUUAUUAAUGACUAUUGGGAGUUGCAAAGCCAUAUCUUGAGGUUUAUUUAUGUACCAGCACCUCAUACCAUGGAUGUUCUUGCUUAAGAAUUGAUGACAUCAUUGACUCAAUGGAAUAUAGAGACCAAAUUUUCUACUAUCACUGUGGUUAAUUACAGCUAUAAUGAUGACUAUUCUGUAGGACAAUUUUUUUGAGGAUGCUAGGCAACUGAUGAGAUAUUCUUGAUGGUGGCCAUGUUCCCAUUGUUACUGGUGGGACUGGAUUGUAUUUGCGAUGGUAAUGUUUCCACAUAUCCUUUUGCAUAGGUGAGUUUGGUUUAUCCUGAAUAUAACUACUUGAGUUUUAUAAACUAAUUUGCUUGGGUAGCGAUUUGCAUUUUCUAUAUGGUUUUCUUCUCCCAGCUUUUACUAUCUCUCAGCACACAUGUGCAUAUCCUUUCUUCUCUGCUUUCUGUGUCUUUGUUAGAACACCUGGGGUAGCAUUGUUCAGGUUAAUGUCUUGUUGCAGAAUUGGAUUUUUACUAUGGGUGCUUAAUGUAUAGUUGAAUUUUCUUGCUCAAAAGGUGCUGUAACACAACCUAAAUGGAGAUAUUUACUCUUAUCUCUUUUUUGAUAAUGUCAGGCUUAUGUAUGGAAAGCCAAAUGUUCCAAGGCCUCUCUGGAAAUUGCAGCUAAAGUACAUUCCGAGAUUGCUGAUUUUGAAAGAGAUGGGAACUGGGAGGCUGCUGUGCUGUUGGUGGUUGAGGUGGGAGAUGCAAAGGCCCAUUCUUUGGCUGCUAAUGAUUCGUAUCGCUUAUGGUGUGGCCUUGAGAUAAUCAGGAAACAGAUGGUACUUUGUCUGAGGCUAUAUGGCUUCUGGAUACUGGUCUUCUUCCACAUUCAAGCUCUGCAAGUGGAGAAAUUGGUUACAGACAGGUAUAUUUUUAUAUGCUUUCUUGCUUUUCUCGCCUUUUACAUAAUAAUUUAUUUUAUCAAUGUGCAAAAAAUGGUACCUUUCAGAUUCAUUUCUUGUGCCUUGUAAUAGGCUUUUUGUGAAUUCUGUCAUAUGUAUUCUAGGUCAUUCCCUCUUAAAGUAACUAGACAAAAUCAGUUUAAUUAUUAACUUUUCUUCUAAAUUUUGAGUUAAUAAAAUUGAAUGACAAUUAGUGAAAAAAUCAAGUUGAAGCCAAAUAUCUUGAAACUAGCAGUCCAACACAAGAAAAAUGCAUGUAAUUACCUGGUCAACAGUGACUUUGACAUCUUUCGUUGUGUUCUAACAGCUAAGGCUGUCUGACAUUGGCAUCUUAAGUCUUGAACUGCUUCAUGUUGUUUCAGCUUUGCAACUUUAAUGUCUUAAUAGAUUUCUGGUUAAUUCUGCAGAUAUGAAUGCUGAGUUAAGAUGACUGUGUGAUGAAUUGACUAAAAGGAAUCACUACAUUGCUUUUGUUGUUACCCUAUGCUUAUUUUGAUCUGCUUUUACUGGAAUGCCCAAUUAACUUAUUCAGUUUUUCACUUAUUUUGCUGAAUUUUUCUCUUUACUUGACAUUUUCUUUUGCUUUUCCAAAGUCUGAAAAUGAAUGGCAGGGCUCAUCUGCUAAAGACACUGACAUGGUUCUGUAACGAGAAUAUAUAUCACUGGUUUAAUGCUUCUAGACCACUGGUAUUUCACUUCAAGCUUUGUUUCCUUUUGUUUGUUAAUAAAAUCGUACUUUCUGCAUCAUUAUCAGUAGAUAAUUAAAUCGUUCAGCCCAGUGGUAAACAAACAAUUUUAUUUUUUAAUUUUUCCUUCCCACAAUGCCUUUAUGAAGCAAAUUUUUUGAUGUAUGGUUUUGUAGUAUGAUAUUUAUGUGAUUUUGUAUGGUCAUGGUUACAAAGACUGAAUGCUAUACUUAAAUUGGUUUAGUUAAAGGUCUAUUUAAAUGGACAGUGAGAUUAAUUUUGUUGAAAUUGAAAAUAGCUUUGGCAAUAACAUUAUAACGGUGAGAUUAAAAUUAAUGUUGAGGAUAUAUGCGUGAAUGUAAACGUAAUAAUAACGGUAAGAUUGGAUAUGCUAGGUGCUGCUUUUUUGACGGAAGGCAGUCAACUAUCAUAAUUAAAAAUUGUUUUCAUUUUCACUUUUACAUUAGGGCAGUCAAAGUGGCCUAAAUCCAGUGCACUGGAAUCCAAACUAGUUCUAAAUCUCUUUUAAUAAAUGAUAUUGUGGUUGCUAACAACGAAAAGGUGCGGAUUCAAGGCAUUGGGAGUGUUCGUCUUAGAUCUCACAAGGGUGUUGUUAAGAUUAGAGCUGUGGUGAGCUGUGCUGAUCCCUAACAAGUGAUAUCGGAGCGAGGUUCGAAGUUUGAGAUUCAUGAGAAAAGCUGAAGGUUCGAGUCAUAGGAAGAGGCAACUCCAAAGGAGCUCGAUUCAAGAAAAGAGUGAAUUCAUGUUUUGAUAAUUGAGAAUCAAUUUGCAUGAAGCGUGAAGACAUACAAAGAAGAUAUGAUUGUGAGACUUUUAUUG